ACUUACUACUGGAACUAUGAGAUCGAUCUUGAUCGUAAUAUCUUCCACGUGGACGACAUGCCUUUCUUCUCCUUGGAAUGCCUUCCAGAUGAUAACACUUUUAUCCAAUACAUCACCAAUGAUCACAUGUCCGAAGAUGAAGCCGCUGAAGAUCAUAUCUCCGAAGAUCAUUACGGCCACACAGCUUGCGCAUUGAGAUGCCCCCCUGAACACAAGUACAAGACGCCCCCACCGCCGGUUGUGGACAAUUCUGACCUCAUGACGUACCAGUCUUUGAUGUGCACUGGAUCUCAUGUGGCUUUGAGCGAUUUGCUCGCCAAAAGUGACAUCCUGUCUGAAGACGAGCAUGUUCGAGUUACAUUGCUAGAGGUCAUGAUUGGACAGUGCAUGGUUAGCUCAACCAUUGGCAAGGAAAUUUAUGAAAUAGAGCUUUUAAAGGACCACAAUCAGAUCACGGACGAUCAAUGGUCAAUUGCAUGCUUCAUGGCCAGCAUUGCGUUCGUUCCUCAGAUGUUCGACGACAUUUGGCACGUUUGCCAUCCAGAGCCGCAAAGAAAGGAGUUCACGUGGGUUCGCGAAGACACUGUUGUCUGCAUUACAACACAUCUAUAUGAUGAACGAUGCUUACAGGCUUCUGUGUCACGCUUGAUCAAUGCGAUCGUGGAGCAGAAGGAUAAUCCUGGUCAUUACUUUGGAAUCGCGUUUUCUGUCUUCCAUUGCGCAAUCGUCAAAGUUGUCAAAGACGCACGCGCAACAACAUUCAGCCACACGAGUGCCCUCCAAUUCUUACUAUCAUUCUUUGCACAUUCACCUUCUACGCCAGGCAUCACUGCUCUCGCCCGCCUUGGCUAUCACAUUGACCCUGCACUCUUCAAGCGUGCUGUGGAGGUUUGCCAUUAUGCACAGUACAUCAAUAUUAAUAAAGCGGAGAAAUCGCUCACUCAGAGAGCUGACGUGCCACUCAGCACCAUCUGUCCAACACUGCCUCUUGAGCUUUGGCGAGAGAUUGCGCGUUAUCUCUGCCCCUUUGAGCUCAUCGCCCUCGGAUUGGUCUCAAGACUAUGUCGUGAAGCAGCCUUGAUGGUACUCCGCUAUCCCCACCUCUGUGGCUAUCGCCUG